UCACGUUUAAGGUGACGUAGGUGCUAAAGUGAAGCUUAAAGGCUGUGCUGCUGACUGUGCAAAUGGAUCUAUGAACAUGGGCAUUGCAAAGACAUCUUUGGUGUGCUGUAACACAGACCAGUGUAACAUCCAAGACGCUCCAGAUCCCUCUAGUGUCCCCAAUGGAAAGACUUGUUACUCUUGUGAUGAGAAGAGCUGCUCAAACAUAUUGAACUGUUCAGGAAGUGAAGACCGCUGCUUUAAAGCAACAACGAGUGUCGGUGGCCAGUCAAUCGUUGUAAAAGGCUGUGUCUCUAAAUCUAUCUGUGAUGCCGAAACAUCAGUUAGAGAUGUUCAAGGCUUCUCAUGUUGUGAGGGGAACCUGUGUAACGGUGCUCAGAGCGUCUCUCAGAGCUUCAUGUUCUUCUGCUGUUCUCUGCUCUCCUUCAUCCUGCUGCACUGAAUCCAGCAGAUCUUCACAUCCUACAAUC